GCUCUGUAGUGCGCUGUGAGUGCCGAGUGAGAGUGAGGGGUCCGUACACCCGCGGUCAGCGUACCGGGCGGGCGGCCGCAGCCCACAGCUCACCGCUCUCUUCGCCUUCCCGUUUCCUUCCUCCUCGGCAAAACGGCGGAGUUAAAAGAGGAAACCAAAAAUCUAGGGUUUGUUCCGUUCCAUUUCCGGGGAGCCGCCCACCGCCCCCCGAACGCCCACCUCCGUGCCGGCCGCCCCCCUCGCUCUCUACCUCUUCCCGCUCCUCCUCCCCGACGAGAGGCGGCGGCGGCAGCUUGGGGGAGUCAGCUAGCGGCGGCGGCGGCGGCUGCCCCCCGGCAGCUCCGAGGCAAGUUAAAGCUGCUCCCUUUCGAUCGUAAUCAGCUCGGUAAGGACCGAGGUGGAAUGCCAAUCUAGCAACUCGUGCUCCAAAUCCGAACCGGCAACAGCCGGACCUCUCUGCCUGGUCAGUGUAUAAGUUGCAACGAACAGCGAUUUGUGGUGGGGUUUUUUAAUUUGGAAGGAAGGUCCAUGCCCCCAAGCUGGCCUGAACCAAGCUCCGCCAGUAUAAUCAAUAGGCUAGGCUCGGGGUAGGUGGUCAGGGGCCACCCAUCUUGUUUCCCUUUUGGACCAUGGAUUCACCGUGCGGAGUCGUAUGCUGUGGUAGCGUGUAUUUCUCGCUGUGGGUACUGUAGGCUCAAUGUUAAUUGUGUUCAGUUCUUGCGUCAAUCUGGCUCUGAUCCUUUACUAGUUUGGGAGAGCAUUAGAGCAUAUGAUUGCUCAACUGAUAGGUUGUCUGAAUUUGAUGGUAAACGAUCUAGUGAUCUUUGUGGGUGUCAGAACAUCGUGCUUGUGGGUCCUAUCUGGAUUUUUCUGUAUGCUAAGUAUUCGUUUGAUGUUAUUGAUAUUCUGCAAAAUUCAAUCCUGCACCCUGCAGUUUUUGUACUACCCAUGGUUGAUUUGUUCCUUUGUGGAAUUAAUAAAUCGAACCGUCUGUAUGUUUGGAAGGGGUUAAGACUUAGUAGUAGAGGCAUGAUUCUCUUGGUUUUGGUUUGCACUCAUCUCCAGUCAAAAUUUUAUCUAUAGAAACCAAGUGCAUUGGUUCACAAUUAAGUUAUUCAUUCAUUUCUUGGCAGCAAGCACCUAAAUCCACAAAUUAGUUCCUGGAGCCUUUGGAGGACUCAUGAAUAUGCAUAUCAACUGACUACUUUUCUUGAAAUUCACGACCCUGUAUUUGGAGCUUUAUUCAUCUAGUUCUUGUUUGUUGAAGUUGUACUUAACCAGCUCAUUAAAUUAUUUAUUGUGUGUACCCAUUUUCCUAAUGGGUAUGUGUAUGUCAAACUGAAUAGGUGGACUAAUCAUGUCUAGUAGCAUCCAAGCUACCUCAACUUUAGAUGUUAAUAUUGGUAUUAUGUCUCUACAUGUUUCAUCUUUUAGCAAGCAGGCUGUAACAAUCUGAUUUUGUCUGUGAAGGUCACAUUUUGAGAACUGAGGGUAUUCUUCGAUGGCAGAUGUCAGCCCUCGAACAGAAACAUCAACAGAUGAUACAGAUGACAACCAUGGGCUUGAGCCAGGCCCAGGCGCUCUUGUUGCGGCUUCCGACUCCAGUGACAGAUCCAAGGACAAACAUGAAGAUCAAAAGACACUGCGUCGUCUUGCUCAAAAUCGCGAAGCUGCAAGGAAGAGUCGAUUGAGGAAGAAGGCAUAUGUCCAACAGUUGGAGAAUAGCAGGCUGAAACUUACCCAACUAGAGCAAGAAUUGCAACGAGCUCGUCAGCAGGGCAUUUUUAUAUCUAGCUCAGUUGAUCAGUCACACUCCAUGAGUGGAAAUGGGGCAUUGGCCUUUGAUAUGGAGUACGCAAGGUGGUUGGAAGAGCAUAAUCGGCAAAUAAGUGAACUAAGGGCUGGUGUUACUGCUCAUGCAAGUGAUAGUGAUCUCCGCAGUGUUGUUGAUAAGAUCAUGUCACACUAUGAUGAGAUUUUCAGGCUCAAAGGAAAUGCAGCCAAGGCAGAUGUUUUUCAUGUAUUAUCAGGCAUGUGGAAGACACCGGCAGAGAGGUGUUUCCUGUGGCUAGGAGGUUUCCGACCAUCUGAGGUCCUAAAGCUGCUUUCGACACAGCUUGAACCUCUCACUGAGCAGCAGCUGUCAGGGAUAGGCAACCUCCAGCAGUCUUCACAACAGGCUGAGGAUGCUCUUUCACAAGGAAUGGAAGCCCUUCAGCAGUCAUUGGCAGAAACCUUGGCUGGGUCUCUUUCGUCUUCUGGAUCAACAGGAAAUGUGGCAAACUACAUGGGUCAAAUGGCCAUGGCCAUGGGAAAGCUUGGAACGCUUGAGAAUUUCCUUCGCCAGACCCUACAGCAGAUGCAAAGGAUCCUGACCACCAGGCAGGCAGCUCGAGCGCUUCUUGUGAUAAGUGAUUACUCUUCACGGCUCCGUGCCCUGAGCUCUCUCUGGCUUGCUCGGCCGAAGGAAUAGCAAGAGCAUGUGAUUUGACUGGAGUACUUUUCACAGUUCGGUGUUCGAUGGGGAUCUUAUCAGGAGGGUUUUGACAGGACUGCAACAGACUUGAUUCGGAAAUAUCUGCACAUACUAUAAUCCAAAUGGAUGGGGAUGUUCAUGUAGCUUAGCCAUAUAGUUAAGUGCAUUGGUUCAUGGUUCAUGAUGUAUUAUUAACAACUGCUGUAAAAAUUGCUCGCUUUUGGUCACCAUUUUACAUAUCUGUAUGCCCCUAAUUUGCAGAGGAUCAAUAGAAUGCAGGUUGAUGUUUGAUCGGUUGGUUUUUGUUGACUCCCUUAGUGGGAAGAAUAGCAAGAGCACAAUGCUCUGACAGUAAUAUCUAACAAGGUAUAUGGUUGUUUCACUGCA